AUGAUUGAUGAUUUUGCAAAAGGCGACGAAGAGUUAGAAUUCGAGGAAUGGAAGCAACAACAACGCCUUUUGUUUAACCAACAUGUCAAUGAAAAAAAUGAAGAGCUGGAAGAAAAAAGAGUGCUUUAUCGACAACAUUAUGAAGAGUUCAUGGCCAAUCAUCAGGUUCAGAGGGUACAGCUUUACCAAGCUAAUUUUGAAGCGCAAAUGGAAGAUUAUCGAAAUCGAAUAAUAGAUCCUUCUAUGUUUAAUGCACAUUCUAUGCGGCCAAUAACAUAUCAAUCCGAUGAUGAUGUUAUAACUAAGUUAGAUCAAGUUGUGCUUGAAACAGCAGAUGAUCGAAAUGCUUUGGAAGAUUUUCUUGGCUCGA